AUGGCAUCAUCUACUCAACCACUCAUCAAAGGCGCAUAUGCCCCUUCAGGCCCCAAUGACAUACGAGGUCCCUGCCCACUCAUCAACAGUCUCGCAAACCACGGUUAUCUUCCUCGGGAUGGUCGAAACGUACGUAUUGAAGAAGUCCUGGCAGGGAUGAACGCCAUCGGACUCUCCAAACCCCUUGGUGUCGCCUUUGCCAAUCCAAUCUUCCAAGAGCGUGCGCCCUCCAAAUUCCACGACGAUCCAGUCAUUGAAAGGUCAUUUUUUCAGAAGUUAUGGCAGACUGUGACUGACCCGUGGUCCGUCAUGGGAAGAUUUGGCAUGCGCAAGCCAGGACAGUUUGACUCUGAAGGUCACAGAGUCUUGAACUUGGAUCAGCUCGGCUUGCCUAAUACAGUUGAGCACGACAUAUCCUUGACCCGCCGGGAUCACCAACAGGGCGAUAAUAUUGCUCUUCAAAAAGACCUUGUCGAAGACCUUCUUGCUAGCUCCAAGGAUGGCAAGGUUAUCACAGCUGAUGAUCUCGUUGAGUUCCGCAAGAAACGCAUCGCUAGACAGAAAGCAGAUAAUCCAGAUGUUCAAUAUGGUGCAUUUGAGAACGAUCUUGCAUGUGCAGAGAUUGCUCUGAUACUAAAUGUCAUUGGUACUGGAGAUAGGAUUGAGUGUGGCUAUGCUAAGGCUUUCCUUCAAGAAGAAAGGCUGCCAAUCGAUGAAGGGUGGAAGAAGAGGUCGUUUGGCAUCGUUGGCUUAAUCGCGGAGAGGGAUAAGAUCAAAAAGAGGUUGGGGAUGGAGUUCAAGUCUCAGUAA